AUGUGGUAGAAUUUCGACAAGCAUUUGCACACACGACUUGUAGUCGCUCGCGUUGCAGAGUUGAAAACCGUUGGCAUGGCAGCUGCGCCGGUUGGCCUAGCAACAUUACCGAGCAGCUAACCAGCUAACCUAGCAACGGUCAGCUCUCGAGGAGGUGACAGGAGAUCCAGGGGGAAUGGAUGAAUUUCCUGUGAGGACUGUGGAGGCACUAUGUCUUGGGACCAGCCUGGCACUCUCUGGCAUCUUCUACUAUGUCUACCGAAAGAAACGGAAGACAGUGGACAAACUCAAUGAUGCUCCACACCUGACCUUAGAUGGAAAACUCACAGACAUUUUGAAUGUUACUCCAGGGAAGUGUCUGCAGUAUGUUGUCAUCGAAGGGGCAGUACAACCAGUAGGAGAGCCCCUAAGGAGUCAGUUUCAAGAUGGAAGCGUUGGAGUGGUGCAGAAACUCAUGCUGAGAGAACACAAGUUGGUAUGGAAUGGCCUCGCUCGCACUUGGACAGACAGUGAGCGAGUCCUGCACCAGAGAGUGAAUGCAGUGCCCUUCAACCUGGUGGGAUCAGAUGAAGCGACAGUCAGGGUCCUGUGCCCUCUGGAGGCCUCAGGGUUGGACAUGGAGAUCAUUCAUGAGAAAUUCCACCAGGCCACUUACGGCUUCACUGACAUCAUCGGACAGUACCUCAGUGGGGAGAAACCUAAAGGGCAGCUGGAGACGGAGGAAAUGCUCAAGGUGGGUGCAACUCUUACAGGUGUAGGUGAAUUGAUUUUGGACACAGACCGUGCACUCAAGCUGCGCCCCCCUACUGACGGUUCAGAGUAUUUCUUGAGCACAGCAGACUUUGAGACCCUGCGGGUGGAGCAGGAGAACCAGGCGGUUGUGUGGCAGGUGUUGGCCUCUGUCUUCGCUCUGGCAGGGGCCGCAGUCCUCCUUUGGGUGGGUAGACGCUACUACCGCAAGCUCAGGGUGCGCUGGGAGCAGGACCGGCUGAGGAGGGAGUUUGAGAGACUGGAGGCUGGAGCACAAAGGGUGGGCGUUGUGUCGGCAGGCUCCGAGGCCUCUCAAGAUAUACCCAUCGAGAAUGCGUGUGUAAUAUGCCUGAGCCAGCCACGUGGCUGCGUUCUGUUGGACUGCGGGCAUGUGUGCUGCUGCUUCAGCUGCUACGAGGCUCUUCCACAACGCACGUGUCCCAUAUGUAGGCAGAAUAUCAGGAGAGUGGUACCUCUCUACCAGGCCUGAGGCAUCUUUUACGAAGGCUUUGUUACUGUCGUGACCAUCUUACCUCACAGGACCUUAACCACUGCAAAAACUAUCCUUUCUACCAGCUUUACAGGUGUGAAGCUCAUGUGUGAAGCAGAGGGUAAUUCUCUUUGGUGAUCUACUUUAGUUAUAACAACGGUUUCCAAUACUCUUUAAAGUAUAGGUCUAAAUAAAAUGUGAAAUACAAAGAUAGAGUAUCACUUUUUGAUCCCUACAUAAGUACAGUACGUUUUGAUGCUGUUGUUUUAUCUCAAUUGUAAAUGUGUCUAAUUACUGGCAAAAAAAAGUACUUGGAAAGUGUGUAAAUAUAUACAAUAGAGAUAGAUGUUUAUUUUCCUACAUGUUUGUUCUGUGCCUUAAUUUUGUUAAUUUAAAUAACUGCUGCUGUCAUGGAGUGAUUGCAUAUAAUGGGGCUCCUUGAUGCGGGUGAUAAGGAGCUAAGCUUUAAUUCCAGUUAGCUUCUGCACCAGUUAUUCAUGAAUCAAGCAAGAAAAUCACAGCACCAAGAAAGUGUUUGAAUCAUUAAAAAUAAGUGAAAGAUCUUGGUUCUGUGAUGCUUGUGGGGGGUACAAGUACUGCUACAUGAAGUAGUUCAGUAUUAACAUUUACUGAAUACGCUACCCAGUAAUCAAGGACAGGUGAUAAUGUGCAAACUGUUUGUUUGUUGGAACAGUCAGGUCAAUAAAGCAUCACUUUUUAAACCCUG